AUUUCCUAAACUGUUUUUCAUAAAUAUUGCUCAAAAUUUUUUAAUCACUAAAAUAUCUGUCGCAGUCGCAUUAAGUUCUAUUUUUAUUUUUAAAAAUAAUAUUUUCAACGAAAUAGGCGUUUAGUUUACUAAAUAGUACUCUAUUUACGAAAUCUUGAAUCACACCCUCUCAUAAAAAGAUGGGGCAAACUUUAUCAGAACCAGUUACAGCAAAAGAAACUUCUAGUUGUGGCAAUGACUUUAUUAAAGUUGGUGCUUCUUGCAUGCAAGGAUGGCGUAUAAAUAUGGAAGAUGCUCAUACGCACUUAUUGUCUCUUGCUGAGGAUAAAGAUGCUUCGUUUUUUGCUGUUUAUGAUGGUCAUGGAGGAGCUAAAGUUGCUGAAUAUGCUGGAAAUAACUUGCAUAAAAAAAUUGUUUCACACUCAUCUUAUAAAAAAGGAGAAAUAGUAGAAGCAAUCAAAUCCAGUUUCCUUGAAGUGGAUUCAGAUAUGUUAAAAGAUGAAAAUAUGAGAGAUGAACUUGCAGGAACCACUGCUGUGAUUGUAUUGAUAAAAAAUGGAAAAAUAUAUUGUGGUAAUGUUGGUGAUUCUCGAGCUGUAGCUAGUGUUGCUGGUUCAGUUCAACAACUAUCUUUUGAUCAUAAACCUAGCAAUGAGGGUGAAACUAAGCGCAUAGUAGCUGCUGGUGGGUGGGUUGAGUUCAACAGAGUCAAUGGGAAUCUUGCUCUUUCUAGAGCUUUAGGAGAUUUUGUUUUUAAGAAAAAUGAAAAGAAAUCUGCUGAAGAACAGAUAGUUACUGCCUAUCCAGAUGUAGUUGUCAAAGACUUAACUCAAGAUCAUGAAUUUAUUGUCCUUGCAUGUGAUGGUAUUUGGGAUGUGAUGACUAAUGAUGAAGUAGUAGAUUUUGUCAGAACAAGAAUAGCUGCUAGAAUGGAACCAGAACAAAUUUGUGAGGAACUAAUGACCAGAUGUCUUGCACCUGAUUGCCAAAUGGGUGGGCUUGGUUGUGAUAAUAUGACAGUUGUUUUGGUAUGCUUGUUGCAAGGAGACUCUUAUGAAGAAUUAGCUAGCAAAUGUUCCAGGGUCUUUCCAACCUCACGCGACGACACUCUUCUGCUAUCUGAGUCGUCUGCGUCAUCAUCUGCUUUAAUUCUGUCAGAAUCAUCCUUGUCCGAAACAGAAGAUGAAGAAGAAGGAGAUAACAAAACAACUGAUAAUGUUCAACAGCAUGAUCCUUUAUCCCUGGACACAAAUAGGCCAUCCACAAAUUCAAAUAGUGCAACAACAGAAAAACCGCCUGCCUCGCUAAGUGGGAUCGUUCAAAUGGAGGGAGGAGAACUAACAAUAGCGUAAUUGUGUAAUAUAACAUAAAAAUUUAAUUAAUGAAGAGUUCUAUAGAAUAUAAUGUGUGCACAAUUGAACUAAGUGAAUGUGAUGAAAUUAAAAAAAAUAUUGUAUAUAGAAGAGUGUUAUUUCUGAAUAAAUUUUUAACUCUGUGGCACAAAGGAUAGAAAUAUUUAAAAUACAAAUGUCAUGUCUGCUUUCAUUGUAUAAAAUUCAUUACAUUCUCAGGUAUUUUAAAUUUAAUUACUGUAUUCAUGUAAAUUCUUUGUUAUUUAUUUAAGGAUUAUAUUUGUCUUUGUGGCAUUCCUUUGUAUAAAAAUUAUAUUUAGUCAAUUUUUGCUCAUGUAUUGUAUAAUAAGCAUUAAGUUUUUACCACACAUAUAUUAGAUUUUUUUUUAAAUUUAGCUUUUGUUUUUCUUUUAUUUGCUAUUUACAAUUAACUCUAUAUUUCGUCACAAGUUUGUUGCAGUAGAUUAUUGCAUUGAAUUGAGUAUAUUACUGUAUUGAACAAGCAUGUAUAUCACAAAAGAAAAAUUUUCCAGUGAUUUUAUUUAGUUACUUUUUUUCUUUGGUUGUAUUUUAUUGUAUACAUUUUUAGUGCAGGGCUAUUGUUAACUCUAACCAUUUCAUUGCAGCUACUGUUGAUACUUUAAGAUAACCUUAUCUUAUUGCAUAGUCAAACCUGUCCUUGUGCCAUAUUUAGUUAUCAUUCAUAUUGUAUCUAAGAUCAGUUUAUUACUUUUCUUUUAUGCAUAGCAUAAUAAAUUAAUGAAGGGUGCCUUAAUAUAAGUACCAAUUUAAAUUAGUUCAGUUCAAGACCUUGAGAUCCUCACAUAAUCAAACUACACUCUCUCAAAUUAUAAUGCUAAGGUAAUUAAAUUUUUUUUCUUCAUAAAACUUAGCAGUUGCUGCUGUUUACAUAUUUAUAAAUAAAAUAUUUUAAAUAAAUGUAUGUUACUUAUAUAGUUGUGAUUUACUUCAAAAACUCAGACUUAAAUUAUAUUAUCUUUAAAAUAUUUUACAGAUAUAUGUAAAAUGUUUGUGCUAUUUUUAUUUUAAGCAUGUGACUUUUUUUUAUCCUUUGAAUGAUUAUGUUGCUGUCAAAUUAUUCUCUUUUUUUUUUCUUAAAUCAACUUAUGAAUUUUUUUAAUAAUGUUGUUAUUCAAUGUAUUUAAUUUCCAUAACAAUUAUUUUCAUUAAAGUUCAAAUUCUUUAGUAAAAAUAGUUUUAAAUGAUUAUUUUAUGCCUCUAAUAAUCAACUUGUAUAGUAUGAA